AUGACAAAAUGCCAAAAAGAAGCAAGAAUAGUCACCCCAGCACCAAUACCAAAUGAUAUUACAAUAGAAGAGACCCAGAUAAACAUUCUCCAAUACAAAGAAGAAGAAGAGAUCAUAUACACCAGCAGGCAAAGAUUCACAGCAUACUGCUACCAGGGAACUAUGUUAGACCCUAACACAGGAUGCAGUGUAAAUGACAAAAAUGUCCCAUUCUCGAUAGAAGAAGCCCGUACCAGUUCAAAAGAAGGAAAAUGCCAUACAGGAUGUGAGUGUGGGGUGGAUGAAUGUCAUGGUUCCGAUGCAGCAUGUUGUCUGGAUGACAGAAGAACAAUAGAAAUAGGACCUACUGAGUACAAAACUACUCGAUAUACAAAUGGAUAUUUCGCUAGGCACACAUGUACAUCAAGAUGGAGGUGUAACAACAAAAAGAUUAAAACCAAGCCCAUAAUAAUAAUCCAAGAUGGGAAACCUACAAGAAAAACUGAAGCGUUUGACAGGCAUACCAUCACUUUUGAUGACAAAUUUUACCAAGUAGGGGCAGAAUUUAACAAUGGAGUUCGGUAUUUUUCACCAUUGUAUGUCAGAGAAAGACCUGCAGAAAUUGUUGCCAAAGCAAGAUGUUACAGUUCUGCAUCAAGAAAAAUAUUCUGUGUUUUCAAAUUAAAUGGAAAAGAGCUAACAACAAAUAUCAACUCAGAAUCACUAAGUGGCACUUACAGAAAUCUCUACAUCACUGUUCUGGGUAAAAUAAAAACGAUAGUUAAUGGAGCAAUAUCAUACAUAUCAAGAAAUGAAGCAAACAGCAUCUAUGGCUACAAAAUAUCUACUGACAUCCAAGAAAGAGCAGCAUCAAUAUCCUCUCUCUCAGAAGCACUAAAUGGACUCCAAACGACACAGAUGCAGGGGAUAUAUAAUGUAAUAGAAAAUAGAAAUCUAAUAAAUGAAAUGAUGGACAUCUUGACAAAAAUGAUAAAUUCGCUGUCUAAAACAAAUCCUUAUCUCCUCUCAUCAAUAUUAGGUGGAUCAUACAAAACAACAUGGUUGAACGAGGAAGUUUUUCAAGUAUGCCCAUGCACUGAAAAGGCCUCUUUCCCUCUCCACACCAAUUGUAUGGGAAAUCUCAUGUACAAGAAUGGUCAGGUGAUAACAACCGAAAAUUCCACAGAAAAUUGCUUUUCAUUGGAAGAGAGCAACAUAAAAAACAUCUCAAUAAUCAAAGACAAACAUGAUCUAGAUAUUGAAGAAUUAGAUUAUCUUCCCCCAAAGACAUCAUCAUCUGAGGACACAGAGUGGGAUUUUUUGGUCCAUCAAAGAACAAAAUUUCAGGAGCACAUAGAACACACUAUUGAUGAAAAAACUAAAGGACUUUUAGACUAUCUAAACCCUUUUAUGAGUACUAAAGACAUAUUAUUGUAUUUCUGUACAUGCAUGUCUGUUCUGUGGUUGAUAGAAAAGCUUAUUUUUAGAUAUAGGUAA